AAUGACUUAAUAUUUGCAUUGAAUUGUGUUUUCUCUCUAUUCUUAUCGCGAAUUCAACCCAUAAUUGCAUUCAAUUCUUGCAUUCAUUCCGUAAUCAAAUCCAUUGCAAACACGACAUCAGUAUUGAGUGAAUCGGACAAUAGUUUUGCGUUGAAUCCCAAGAAGUGAAUCACAACCAGAAAUGUUGCGAAACGCCAGUAAUUGUGUGGCGAAGACAUUGCGAAACCAGUCGUCGGGCGGUAUCUGGCGAUCGGUUCCAGCCAUACAUCACUUGUCGGCGAAACACAUGUCGGAAGUGACGGAACGGUUGGACAAAUCGCACGAAAUACCGGAGAGUCUGCGAUAUGUGGAGGACUCAGCGGAUCCGUCAUUCUUUCAUAUGGUUGAGUACUUCUACCACAAGGGGUGGCAAUGCGUUGAAGACAAACUCGUCGAAGAGUUUAAGGGAAAACUGACGCCCGAAGAGAAGCGCAAGAAAGUGAGAGGAUAUCUCUCCAUAUUAGGUCCGUGUCAUGCGGUCCUCGAGGUCUCGUAUCCGCUCAAACGGGACUCUGGAGAGUAUGUGAUGAUCAACGGCUGGCGCGCCCAACACAGCCAUCACAGACUCCCCUGCAAAGGAGGCAUUCGCUUCAGUACUGAUGUCUGUUUGGAUGAAGUGAAGGCGUUGUCAGCGUUGAUGACAUUCAAGUGCGCUGUAGUGGACGUGCCGUUUGGGGGCGCGAAGGCUGGCCUUAAAUUGAAUCCCAAAGAUUACAGCGAUCACGAGUUGGAGAAGAUUACCCGCAAUUUCGCGCUUCAAUUGGCGAAAAAGGGCUUUUUAGGGCCCGGUAUUGAUGUGCCGGCGCCUGAUAUGGGAACCAGUGAACGAGAGAUGGCGUGGAUCGCCGACACAUACGCCCAAACCAUUGGCCACAAAGACCUUAACUCUCACGCGUGUAUUACUGGGAAACCCAUAAAUCAGGGCGGAAUUCACGGCCGAGUGUCGGCCACCGGACGGGGUGUUUUCCACGGAAUCGAUAACUUUAUAAACGAGGCGUCGUUUAUGUCAAUCAUUGGCGUCACUCCCGGUUGGGGCGGAAAGACAUUUAUAGUGCAGGGCUUCGGUAACGUUGGUCUCCAUUCGUGUCGAUAUCUGCACAGAGCGGGCGCGCGUUGUAUCGGUGUUAUCGAAAAGGACGGAAGUAUUUACAAUCAGAGCGGAAUCGAUCCCAAAGAGUUGGAGGACUGGAAGUUGAAUCACGGAUCGAUUGUUGGCUUUCCAAACGCUAAGCCCUAUGAGGGAAACCUUAUGUUCGAAAAGUGCGAUAUUCUGGUUCCGGCCGCGGCUGAGAAGGCCAUCAACUCAGAGAACGCCGACAAACUUCAGUGCAAAAUCAUCGCAGAGGGAGCCAAUGGGCCGACAACACCGGCCGCCGAUAAGAUACUUCUCGGUCGCAAUAUUCUCAUUAUCCCCGAUCUGUACAUCAAUGCCGGAGGAGUGACGGUUUCAUACUUUGAAUGGCUUAAGAAUCUAAAUCACGUCAGUUAUGGCCGAUUGCUAUUCAAAUACGAACGCGACUCUAACUAUCAUUUAUUGGAGAGCGUUCAGGAAUCGCUUGAGAAGAGAUUCGGCAAAACUGGUGGACGUAUUCCCAUUACUCCCAGCGAAUCGUUUCAGAAGAAGAUUUCGGGCGCUUCCGAGAAGGAUAUCGUCCACUCGGGUCUCGACUAUACUAUGGAACGAUCGGCGCGGCAAAUUAUGAGAACUGCUAUGAAAUACAAUUUGGGUCUCGAUUUACGAACAGCCGCUUAUGUGAACUCAAUCGAGAAGAUAUACAACACGUACAAAGACGCCGGCCUUACAACUGCUAUGAAAUACAAUUUGGGUCUCGAUUUACGAACAGCCGCUUAUGUGAACUCAAUCGAGAAGAUAUACAACACGUACAAAGAUGCCGGCCUUACGUUCACA